UUGCCGUAGUUUGGCGAUCGUCAGGAGAGGAGACGAGCAAGGAAACAUGGCAGGUAGAGUUGGGAAACAGAGCCGUGCCAACAAUGCGACUGGCAGCGCGAACAGAAAGGGUCCUGCCGGGCAAGAAGAGGAGGAGCAGCCGCUUCAGGCUGUUCUGAUAGCCGACAGCUUCACCCGGAGAUUUUUCCCCAUUUCUAAAGAUCAGCCCAGGGCUUUGUUCCCACUGGCCAAUGUGGCCAUGAUUGACUAUACACUGGAAUGCCUCACCGCCACUGGUGUCCAGGAAACGUUUGUCUUUUGUUGCUGGAUGUCGAAUAAAAUCAAAGAGCACUUGUUGAAGUCAAAAUGGUGCCGCCCGACCUCCCCAAACACAGUACACGUCAUCACGUCAGACCUGUACCGUUCCCUGGGGGACGUGCUGAGGGACGUCGAUGCCAAGUCUCUCGUCCGUGGUGACUUCCUUCUUGUUUAUGGGGACGUGGUGUCCAACAUCGAUGUCACCCAAGCCCUGCAGGAACACAGGAAUCGUCGCAAGGCAGAAAAGAACGUGUCUGUGAUGACCAUGAUUUUCAAGGAGUCGUCGCCUGGUCACAAGUCACGCUGUGAGGAAGACGAUGUUAUUGUAGCUGUGGACAGCAAGAGCAAGCGGGUUCUUCACUACCAGAAGACUCAUGGGCUAAAGAAACUCCGUUUCCCAAUGAAUCUGUUCCACGGUGGAAGUGAUGAGAUUGAAAUUCGUCAUGAUCUGCUCAACUGCCACAUUAGUAUCUGCUCCCCACAGGUUGCAGAGCUGUUCACUGACAAUUUUGACUACCAGACAAGAAACGACUUUGUCCGUGGAAUCCUGGUCAACGAAGAGAUUUUGGGAAACCAGAUCCACAUGCACGUGACCGGGGAUGAGUACGGAGCCCGAGUGUCCAACCUGCUGAUGUACGACACCGUCUCCUCGGACAUCGUGCGGCGCUGGGUUUUCCCGCUCACCCCCGAGGUGAACUUCGCCGACCAGGAGGGGCAGGCCUGCACUCACUCCCGGCACAACGUGUACCGCGGCGCAGGGGUCAGCCUGGGCCACGGCAGCCACAUGGAAGAGAACGUGCUGAUCGGCCAGGGCACGAGCAUCGGCACCAACUGCCACAUCUCCAACAGCGUCAUCGGGAACGGCUGCACCAUCGGGAACAAUGUGGUAUUGGACAGGGCCUACAUCUGGAAUAACGUCUGCAUCGCCAGCAACUCAGAAAUCAAGCAGUCGGUUCUUUGCGAUAACGUGGAAGUGAAGGAAAAUGUCAUUUUGAAUCGUCAGUGUGUCCUUGCUUUUAAUGUGGUCAUUGGGCCCAGUGUGACACUCCCAGAAGGCACAGUUGUGUCAAUGCACCAUCCUGACGAGGAGGAUGAGGAGGAUGAAGACGAGUUCCUGAGUGAUGAAGCAGAGGUCAGCAGCAGCCAAGCCAAAGCAAAGUUAAAAGCUUUCAGUGCUGCCGAGGUUGGGUCAGAAGGCAAAGGUUACAUUUGGAGAUCAAGCAACCUGACAGAGGCAGAAGAAGAUGAGUUGUCCCAGUCUUUGUGGGGUAUGGUGCUGAACCCCGACCCGGAGAGUGAGAGUGACAGUGAGGUCAGUGAGGGCUCUCACGACCUGGACAGCCGGGGUGCAUCUCCUGAGCUGGAUGAUGUCAAAGUUUUCCAGGCAGAGGUGCAGGGAACUCUUCAGAGAGGAAUAGAAGAGAACAUCAGCUGUGACAACCUGGUUCUGGAGAUCAACUCUCUAAAAUACGCCUAUAACAUCACCUUGAAGGAGGUGAUGCAAAUCCUCACUAAAGUGGUCUUGGAAUUUCCCUUCCAGCAGGAAGGGCAGCAGCUAACCACCUCUCAGUAUGGCUCUCGGCUCAUUCCUCUCUUAAAGAGAUGGGCCCUUGUCUUUAAAAACUACGUCAAAAGAGCUCAAGACCACCUGGACUGCUUGGCUGCCAUUGAGGAAUUUUUCCUGGAGUAUGAUACUCACUGGGGAGCGAUGCUUAAAGUUCUGAUGAAUGCCUACCAGCAGGAAAUUCUAGCUGAGGAAGCCAUACUGCACUGGUUCUCCAAAGGUGUGAGUUCAGAAAAGGGCAGGCAGCUGCGCAAGAACCAGGGGUUGUUGAAGUUCAUCAAGUGGCUGGAAGAAGCAGAGGAUGAAUCUUCUGAAGAGGACGGGGAGUGAAGUCAUUCCUACCGCCAGAAGCUGUGUCCUGUCCGGACCAGCAUAAUGUCUCUGUGUCUGUGUGGUCACAGGUGACAGAGUGGAGGAGAGCAGUCAAAGGAAUGCUUGGCCUGUGGUCUUGAAUGAAAAUAGCUCUUCACUCAGUGCUUCAUGAAUUAAUUUAUUUAUUAUGAAAUAUAGUUCUUCCAAUCUGCUCCAUUUGUAUAGGAAAGUGGAUUGAGAGUUUCAGCUUUGCUCUCAGGAGAAGUGUACAUUAUAAUUUUAAUGAAGGGACAUUUUUCAACUUCUCCUUUCUAAUGAGACCAUAUCCGUGAAUGUAAAAGAAAUAAAAGAUAUGCCGCAAAGGUAAUGCAUUAUAAAAACACAUGCAUGCUAAAAAUACUCAAGUUAAAGUGGAGGCCUCCCAUGCACAAGUUGAGCUCUGUGGUCCAGCAACGCGGGUUCAAGCCUGGUCAUGUCACCAGCCAGCAGUGACUGGGAUUUCCCAAGCAGCGGUGCACUAUGGCAGUACUGAGGGUAGGGUGGGAGUCGCCAGGGUGCCCUGGAUUCUCGGCAAUGUCAGCUACCCCUGUGGCCCCCCUGGGAGGUUUGCAGUGCACUGUGUGAGGGAGGAGCUUCUCCACAGUUCAGCUCUGACCCUCUGGCAUGGGGGUAUGGGGCUGUGCUGCCUGCGAUGCGUUACAAGCAAACAGCUCGGAGGUGGGCAGCUCAGAAGAGUCUCCCUACUGAUUUCUCUUGUUCUCUGAGACCUGAAAAACAAAAUUGAUCAUUUCAAAAUCGGAUGGAUGUAUCGAGUAAAUGGCAAAAUUCUGAAAACCACAUACUAAGUAUAUUCUUUGGCACUGGGUCAUGCAUUUAUAGAUUAUUUUCAAACAUUCUUACUUGAAUUUUGUGUUUGCCAUUGCUUUGUGGUAAAAAUACUAUAUAUUAAACUUCACUAUUAAAACCCUUUUGCAAAGUA